CGGUUUUAUCUUUAGGCUCCGCGGGGGGCAGGUGACCGCUGACGUCACGGACACGUGUCGAACACGUGAGCGCCGCCGCUACCGAAGCUUCUACGAUGGCGGCCAGUAAUUAUUAUGGAUUCACGCACGCAGCUGCCGCCGCCGGCCCGCAGUACAGCGCCCAGCCGCCUCCUGUUUAUUCCCACCCAACCACUGGGAGCUAUAACGUCCAGGCGGCCCCUGGAGUGGCUCAUGCGGUGACGGCCUCGUACCCCACCGGCCCACUGGUAAGUCCAGCGGUCACCGCCCCCUACCCCACCUACCAGCCCCAUCCUGCCCCCAACUACGGCUACCGUCAGCCCGAAACAUCACCGCAGCUGGCGACCGCCCAUCAGACCUACCAGGUGCUGACUGAACCGGAGAAUUAUAGCUACGGACGGCCGCCGCCGGUCAGCAGCUACGAGAACAAGCAGUACUUUCAAACGAGCAUCGCACCUGCGCAGCAAACUGCAACUGAGGCCUACUUCCAGACAGGGUUGAAAACUGGCUACAACACAACGAGCGCAGCGUACAGUCAGCCGCCUGUUCAAAGACAGGUCGCAGCUCUGAAGCCCCCUCCCGCUGCGAGCUCUGUGUCCUCGAGCUACACCAUCUACCCAACAUCUACCAGCGUACAGCAGACCCCAGCCCCCAUAUCCACUUACACCCCCAGUACUUCCUUCAGCUCCACAGCUGCUACGUCCUACUCCGUCGGUCUCAGCUAUUCCAGCUAUGAGUCUAGCGGUUACACAUCUACGCCGUCAUACUUCCAGCCGGCGCAGAUGGCGCCUCCACAGAUGCAGGUGCAACCUCAACCUCAGCCGCCCCUCCAGCAGCCGCCGCCACCGCAGCAGACGCAACAACUCCCAAAACAGCUCACCAGCUCCUCCUGGAGCAACACCGGGAGUGGCACAGUCACCACCCCCAACAUCAGUGCAUACAAGAAACCCAUUUUCCACCAAAACAAAAUCCAAAAACCCAAAGGGCUGCCCAAACAGCCACAGCUGCACUAUUGCGAUAUCUGCAAGAUAAGCUGUGCCGGUCCGCAGACGUAUCGAGAACAUCUGGAAGGACAGAAGCACAAGAAGAAAGAGGCGGCUCAGAAGAGCGGCAAUCAGGUGACCAAUGGACCUCGUGGGGUCCAGACGCAGCUGCGCUGUGAAUUGUGCGACGUCUCAUGCACCGGCGCCGAUGCUUACGCGGCACACAUCCGGGGAUCCAAGCACCAGAAGGUGGUGAAGUUGCACACUAAACUUGGCAAACCCAUCCCUUCAACGGAGCCCGUUUUCGUGAGCUCUGCCCCUGUUGCUGUGACGAUGACUACUAGCAAGACAGCGGCGAAAACCACUCCCACCCCUACAUCGGUGGCGCAGAAGACGCUUGCGACAGCUCCUUCCAAACUCACGGCGUCUCUUGCGAAAAAACCCGCCACUGCUAAAGUUGCCAUCCACGGCAGCAGAACAUCCACAUCCGCUCCGGUAAAGAUGGAGGAGGCGAAGCCGUCUGUAGUGAAGACGGACGCUUUGAGUGAAGACGAGGAUGGUGACGGUUCUGGAGCUCAAGGAGACAUUCAGCCUGUGGGACACGAUUAUGUCGAAGAAGUUCGAAAUGACGACGGAAAGGUGAUUCGCUUUCACUGUAAACUGUGUGAAUGCAGCUUCAACGAUCCCAACGCUAAAGACAUGCAAAUAAUUUACAAGUUUUUUUUAUCUAAUUUUCAGAAAAAAGUGAAUCCAGACCUUCCUGUGGAGAUCAAGCCCAGUAAUCGAGCGCGGAAACUUCUGGAAGUCAAACUGCGAAAGCAGAAGCAGAAAUCUGGGAUGAAGAGACAACAUGAGGAUGAACAGCGCUGGCACAUAGAAAUGAGGAGGUACGAGGAGGACAUGUACUGGAGGAGAAUGGAGGAGGAGCAGCUAUACUGGGUGGAGAUGAGGCACCGAAUGGCCCCGCCCCCUCUCAUGGGCCAUCCCAGCAUGCCCCUGCCGCCUCUUUCGCCCCUGCGACGGCCCGAUUCGCCCGACGACCGCCACAUCAUGGCCAAACACUCGGCCAUCUACCCCGUGGAGGAGGAGCUACAGGCCGUCCAGCGAAUCGUGUCGCAUUCUGAGCGUGCGCUCAAACUGGUGUCUGACUCGCUGCUGGAGAAGGAGGCGUGUCCCGCGGACGACGACGAGGCGGACAAACAGUCGGAGUCUCAGGCUCGUGUUCUCAAAGGAGUCAUGCGUGUGGGAAUCCUGGCUAAAGGUCUGCUCCUGCGCGGCGACCGCAACGUCCAGCUCAUCCUGUUAGCGGCCAAGAAACCCACCGCCUCUCUAUUGAGAACCAUUGCGGAGCAACUGCCCAAACAACUAGCGACCUUUUCUGAAGAUCAGUAUGAGGUGCAGGUACACCCUGAGGAAGCCAACAUCGUCAUUUUUUCAAGCAAGGAACCAAAAAUGCAGGUCACCAUCUCUCUUACCUCGCCAGUGAUGCGCGAAGACCCCGUCCCCAACAUGGAGAAAGCCUCAGAGAAAGACCCUCCGGAUGUUCUCAGCAGGACCAAGUGCCUUGAGAAUUUAGCGGCUCUGCGACAUGCUAAAUGGUUUCAGGCUCGGGCGAACGGUCUUCAGUCGUGCGUCAUCAUUAUUCGGGUUCUGCGGGAUCUGUGUCAGCGCAUACCUACCUGGGGCAAGAUGCCUGACUGGGCCAUGGAGCUGCUUGUGGAAAAAGCCAUUAGCAGUGCAUCAGGUCCACUCAGUCCUGCAGAAGCUCUACGGAGGGUCCUCGAAUGCAUCGCCACCGGGAUUCUCCUGCCAGAUGGUCCAGGUCUUCUUGACCCGUGUGAGAAAGGUCAAACUGACGCUCUGGGAAACAUGUUGAAACAAGCUCGGGAGGACGUGACCGCUAGUGCUCAGCACACGCUACGACUCCUAGCCUUCCGUCAGAUCCAUAACGUCCUCGGCAUGGGCUCACUGACGGUCUCAAAGGCCGGAGUCCGAAACCGCAAGAGACGACACGACGGCAGCGACUCCGGCGAGGGAGAAGCCGACAGAAAGAAGGAUAAAAAAGACGAUUCUCACGACCCUUGAGACGUCUGCCUAAUCUACACAAGCUGUCAUGUCUUCAGAAAUGUAUAAAUAUCACUCAAAGAGGAAAAAAUACAGCACUCGAUGGUUCCGUUUUCCAAAAGCACUAUAGAUGGAAAAAACUUAGUCGUUCUCCUUUUAUAAAGCAGUGUGUCUCUCUAUUACAUCUGAGCUGAAAAUAGGCAGUCGCUUCUCUUUUUCAGCGUAUCAGAUGAUGACUGAACGUCGCUGCACAUAUAAUAAUACAGUUA